GUUUGCCCGCGCUUUUGUCCCUCAAAAUUCAUUUCCUCCGUUCUUCACCAUCGGCUUCGUCCGAACCCUAAAUCAAUUCACUCUCGUUCUUCUUCUAUGGAUAUCACUGAAGAGCAGCGAAAGCGAGCCGAAGCAAACCGAUUAGCUGCCAUAGCCAAACGCAAAGCUCUUAUUGAAUCUUCUAAUGGCCAACUACAACACCAUGACCCAUGGAAGCUUUUCAAAUGUCGGAAGUUCUCCACUGAAUUUGAUGCUUCCACUACCAUCCAAUCAUCGAAAAUAUUAACAGAUAAUAACACCCAUUGGCCUGAAAAGUUCCGAGUAAGGCUUGAAAUUUGCUCCCCUGACUCGUUCUCCAUCACGCCGGAAGUCGUGGAAGGUUGCUUUUACCCGGGAGAGGACAAUUGCUUCAGGAUAUUGAGCGACUGUUUGUCUAAUGUCACACAUUCUCACUACACACAAAUUAUAGGCGGAGGAAAGGCUUGUGUUUAUAAGCUGAGAGAUUAUUGUUCUAUAUUGAAAUGUUUAAAGAACUCGAAGGACAUUGAUGUUGAAGAGAUACCAUGGACAACAUUUAACGUGGUCGAGAGACUCUCGCAUUCAUUUAGUUCAGGGCGAUGGAUGCCAUGCAGGCCAGAGCACUUUUCCGAUGAGAAGGUCGAUGAAUUAAUGAAGAAAUUACCAGAUCGGUUGCGGAAUAGACUCUUACCUUUCCAACUUGAUGGUGUAAGAUUUGGUCUGCAGAGGGGUGGCCGAUGUUUGAUAGCUGAUGAAAUGGGUCUUGGGAAAACACUGCAGGCCAUUGCAAUUGCUAGCUGCCUCAUGGAUGAAGAGGGUUCAAUACUUGUUGUUUGCCCAGCUGUUUUACGUUUUUCCUGGGCAGAAGAACUAGAGCGUUGGCUUCCUUUUUGUUUGCCUUCAGAUAUUCAUCUUGUUUUUGGUCAUUUGGACAAUCCUUGCCACUUAUCAAAGUUCCCAAAAAUUGUGGUUAUAUCAUAUACGAUGCUUCAUCGUUUGCGUAAGAGCAUUCUUCAACAGAAGUGGUCUUUAUUGAUUGUUGAUGAAUCUCAUCAUGUAAGAUGUGCCAAGAAGUCAUCUGAACCAGAAGAGAUAAAGGCUGUUCUUGAUUUAGCAACAAAGGUCCAGCAUAUUAUUCUUCUAUCUGGAACUCCUUCUUUAUCGAGGCCAUAUGACAUUUUUCAUCAAAUAAACAUGCUAUGGCCUGGUUUGCUUGGAAAGACCAAGUAUGAGUUCGCGAAAACUUACUGUGCUGUCAAAUUUGUGUCUACUUCUCAGGGAAAAACUUUUAAGGACUUCUCGAAAGGCAUUCGAUUAAAUGAGUUGAAUGUGCUGCUCAAGCAAACUGUUAUGAUAAGACGUUUGAAAGCGCAUGUGUUGGCUCAACUACCACCCAAACGUAGACAGAUCAUAAGAUUGUUGUUGAAAAGUUCUGAUAUAGUUGGAGCAAAGGCAGCUACUAGGGAGGUGAUCAAUUGUGGCCAUGUCAGAAAUGCUGACAAUAUUUCGGGGGAGGAAACAGAUGAUGGUGGAGAUUGUGGAAUUGGGAAACUCUCAUUUCAGGAACUGGGUAUUGCAAAGCUAUCUGGUUUUCGUGAAUGGUUUUCUAUUCAUCCAAUUAUUUCUGAAUCAGAUGGUUUGGUGGACUUGGAUUUGAAGACGGAUUCACAGAAGAUGAUCAUUUUUGCUCAUCAUCAUAAAGUUCUUGAUGGAUUACAAGAACUUAUGUGUGAAAAGGGAAUACAAUUUGUUCGCAUUGAUGGCACAACCCUUGCUCGAGACAGACAAUCUGCAGUACUGUUAUUCCAGUCAUCAGCCGAGGUUAAAAUUGCUAUAAUAGGGAUCACUGCUGGUGGAGUUGGACUUGAUUUUUCUUCGGCUCAAAAUGUCGUGUUUUUGGAAUUGCCUCAGUCACCGUCGUUGAUGCUUCAGGCUGAGGAUAGAUCUCACAGGCGAGGGCAGACCAAGGCAGUCAACAUAUACAUUUUCUGUGCUAAGGAUACGUUAGAUGAGUCUCAAUGGCAAAACUUGAACAAGAGUUUGCGCCGGAUUACCUCGACCACUGAUGGAAAAUAUGAUGCAAUUCAAGAAAUAGCGGUAGAACACAUUUCUUAUCUAGAAGCAUGUGGCAGAAGUGGUGCAAGUUCUGAGAGUGAUAUGAACUCAACAUGUGUUGAACUCUGCUCGAAAGGAACGAGAGCUGAAGGCCAUGUCUCUUUGGAGGUUGAAGUGAAAGAUGAGUUGAAUGCCAAGAUUGAUUAUCCAUCUGAUCAAAAUGACGACAUUGGCAGCACAACUCAAACUGAAACAGAUCAAAUAGCUAUUAAGGAUGAAAUGUUAUCUGUGCUCCUAAAUAAAGAUUUGCUCUCAAUGGGAAAAUCAGAAGAGAAUGUUACCAAAGUUGACACCAGAAGUCCUGAAAGAGCUUCCAGUCCUCAAAUGGAUGAACAAAGUAGAGAGAGUGGUCAAGAGCAGAAGGAAGAGCAGUUAGGCUCUGGUGCGUCAAUGGUUCAUAAUGGUGAACCCCAUCUGAUCCUUGAGCCUGAAAAAAAUUCCCUGAACCACGUUCGUAUUCUGCGGUUUGAGGUUAGUCAGUACACUGGAAGGGUCCACUUGUAUACAUGCAUUCCUGGGAUAGACUUACGACCAAGGCCACUGUUUCUGAAUUUCCGACCAGAAGAAGUUGAAUUGAUAAACUGUUCUGUCGAUGAUUGUCAAAAAACAGAUUUCAAUUUGGACGCUACACUCUACAAACAUGCUCUUCAAGAAUUUCUAGGUGAAUGGCGUAAGUUGAGACCCAUUGAGCAAAGAAAGCUACAUGGAAAGGCACUGCAACUUCCUUUAGAUAUUGAGCUGUGCUACUUGAAGGAAAACAUCAACCACAACGCUGCUGGUGUGUUGAAGGGUAAAAGUUUGCGGCGCACAACACCACUUGAUGACAUUAGCCGACCACUACCAUCGUCUGCUGUAUGGAAACUGGUCCAAUUAGGAUGUGGCUCUGGGAAAAGGAAGAAGGAGUAUGCUCAGGGUUGGACACUGACAGAGGAACCUCUUUGUAAACUGUGUCAAACACCAUGCCAGUAUGUUCAUUUCUUUGUUUUUGCAAGUCUUAAAUUCUUUGAUCAAACGUCAUUUGUUUCCUCGACUUACAGGGGCAUCAAUGCAAAGACACCUGAAUAUUUGGAAGAUCUUUUCUGUAAUCUUGGCUGUUAUGAAGAAUACCGUGUUAGGAUUAGUACCACAUCCCUCCGUCGGGAACUGUUUCAAAUGGAGCAUGGUGUCUGCUCAAAUUGUCGUUUGGACUGUCAUAAGCUCGUAAAGCACAUACAGCCACUGACCUUGGACAUGCGGCGCGAUUAUAUUGAGAAAGUGGCACCUAAUUUGGCAAGCCGGAAAAAAUUGCUUGAUAAGGUUGUUAACAAUCCAACUGAGGGCAACGCGUGGCAUGCUGACCACAUUGUUCCUGUUUACCGAGGUGGAGGUGAAUGCAGGCUAGAGAAUAUGAGAACCCUUUGUGUGGCAUGCCAUUUUGAUGUUACUGCUGAACAACGUGCUGAACGCCGAUUAGUUCGGCUCAAAGCUAAGAAACAACUUAAAGAUGCUAUCACUGAUAUCAAAAAAGGUGGAAAUACUGGAAGGAUAGAUACCGACAUUCAGAAGCAAGUGCAUGAUGAGCAAGAGAAUGUAAUUGAUGAUCAGCUGAUCUUAGUGAAGGUUCCUGGAAGUGCUUACUCCAAAGACGACUCCUUAGUCAAUAAUAAUAAUAAUAUAGAGGGACCUGGAGAAUCCACAGAAGCUUAAGCGGACAAACUUCCUGUAGUUCACAUUCUUCAAGCACUUCUCAUCACUCCACGUUGCUGUAUAUUAAUCAUCCAUGGCUUGGUUUUGUAAUUUGUAUGUAUUUUGCAGUCAUAGAUUUGGCGGUUCAAUCCCAGCUGCAACCAAAAAGAUCAGUCCCGGCUAAUUGCAAUUCGUUGGACUUCACUGGCAGGAAGUAGGUUGUAACCACAUGGAUGAACCAAAAUCUCGAUGAUCAUACCCAUUGUUUGAACUUGCAACUUAAUGAUGUUGCUUGUUCCACUUGUAGUUUUGUAACGAAUGCUUUUGUAACUUAGAUCCAUUGAUGUAAUUGCUUGAGGCGGCCCAAAUACUGGGCAUUUGCAAUUUCAGAGUAAUUGGUUCCAAUAAA